UGUGCUGUUAUUGGUGCUGAUGUUGAGGGGUUGGACUCAGUGACUCCACUGUCACAACCCAAAAGCGCACUGAUCCAUCACACAACAUCAGUUUAGGAAGAGCGAGCGGGCAAGGAUGCAGCAAAACUGGACUUUUACCCAGGAGACUGCUUAGAGAGCAGUUUUAUUAUCAUUUUUUUUCUUUUGGAUGGACAAUCACAUCCACACAUAAUCGUGUUAGGAUAUGUGAGUGUUGCAGAGGAAAGGCAUGCAGCCAGAUGAGCAGAGCUAAGAGGAUUUAAUACAGCUGGACACGAGCCACGCUGAGUAAAGAAGAAGAUUAUAUUGUUUUAAUCAAAUGCGAAGAAGUUUUUAUUGCUGGUCACUUUGAGUUUGGACUGUCGAGGAGUGAUGUUUGUCUUCAUCUCUUUAAGCACUACGAUAACUGCACUGUAAGGAUGCUCACCGCACAGAGAUGCAUGGCUCCAACUCUACAGUAAAAAGGAAUACUGACAGAAGACCUUGCCGCGAGUCGACCUGAACUUUACUAAGCCAGAUCUGGACUCGAAAAACACAUGAAGAUGUGCCAGUGUUACUCUGCCCUGCUCUUGCUCUGCUUACACAUGGUGACAUGUGGAGCAGAGCUCAGAGCAGCUGUGUCUCCUCUGGGUUGGGGAGAGAGCGAUAAGGAGGAAAGUGUCUCUCCUUACGGCUCUCGUUCAGGGAUUCUCAAAUCCCUGCGGCUUUUCUCCCACACGUCCCAAUCUAACAGCCAGAGCCGUGAAACUGCUCCGGAUCCCGGGGCACUGGAUCUGUGGGGUUGGUUAUCCAACCACACUGAUACUGAAGGAACCCUCUCGAGGGCCAAACGUCGCCCCUAUGUGAAAACGGGCAAGUUUAAGAAGAUGUUUGGCUGGGGCGACUUCCAUUCGAACAUCAAAACGGUCAAGCUAAACCUUCUCAUUACUGGGAAGAUCGUUGACCAUGGCAACGGAACCUUCAGCGUCUAUUUCCGCCACAACUCCACCGGCCUGGGCAACGUGUCCGUCAGCCUGGUCCCGCCCUCCAAGGCUGUCGAUUUUGAGAUCACUCAGCAGGAGACCAUAGAGGUACCCAAAGACAGUAAGGCCUUCAAUUGUCGAGUGGAAUAUGAGAAGACGGACCGCAGCAAGAGGACGUCUGUUUGCAGCGACUUCCCGAACAGGGUAUGUUUCCAGGAACAGACCCAAAGCCAUGUGUCUUGGCUUUGCUCCAAGCCCUUCAAAGUCAUCUGCAUCUACAUUGACUUCUUCAGUGCUGACUACAAGCUAGUACAGAAGGUCUGCCCAGACUACAACUACCACAGUGACACUCCCUAUACCUCUGUGGGAUAGCACAGCCUAGAUUGGAUGUGUUGAGGUAACUGAGUUGUCAUCUCGUUGUCACAGCCUCUCUAGCCUGUAGUUUCCUUGUUCUGUUCCAUAAAGAACCGGAUAAAUGGAAGCAAGGUCAGAUGAGGAACCACUUUUUUGAUUCUAUCUUACUUGUCCUCCUAGGGCAGUCAAUGACAGGAAGAGUUCACCCAAAAAAGAAAUUUUCCACAGAAAAAAGUCAGUCAAACAGGUCUGGAACAAAAUGAGGAUGAGCGAGUGACAAAAGUUUUUAUUUUUGGGUGAAUCCAGGCUUAAGACCUGAUUUCCUGAAGGCUGAUUCAUGUGGUUGACAUUUAGAUUGGACAAGACCAACACAUCUAUGGUUUCCACAGUGACCCCUGACCCUUUCUCAGUGACUCUUGUGAUGUCAUCAGUGUGAAGUUUUAGAUCCUAAACAAAUUUCCCAAUCAACAUAAGCUGGGAUUCAAGAACAGAACAAAAAUUGUAAACCAUCUCGUAUUGCAGCCAUUUGUGAUGCCCUCCUGUUCAUGCCAACAUAUUUUUGUGUUUACAGAAACAUUAUCAGUAACUAAGAUUAAUGUUAAAGCCAUAAUGUGCUCCUCAGUUCUUUUGUAUUUUGUUUCGGGUUAUUAAAGCAAAGACAAGAUUUAAA